CUGCUGCCUCCAGCUAGACCUGGGGACUCAACGGCCCCGGAGCACUUCUGGCCGGAGCCCACCUGCCUCCUGACCUCCACUCUGACCCUGCCUCCUGGGGGGUCCUGCCCUCGCCUCGGUCCAGGUCACCAUCACAGCCUUGGCAAUGACCCUCGCGGCUUCCUCCCAGCGCUCCCAAAUCAUUCGCUCCAAGUUCAGAUCUGUCCUCCAGCUUCGGAUCCACAGACGGUAUCAGGACCCAAGCGUCUCGGGGUCCCUCACCACCUCUCCAGUCUUGGAUCCAGAUCCAUGGGUCUCAGCCACGGGCCCCGCUCUGGCCCCAGCCUCGCCCUCGGGUCCCACUCCUUUCCUCUUCGGUCCUGGGGACCUGCUCCCUGAAUCAGAAUAUGGCCCUUGGAAGUCCCUGAAGGAGUCUCCCAAGAUCUCCCAACACUGGAGAGAGCCCAAGCCAAAGGGGAACUUGACAUACCACCAGUACAUGCCCCCCGGGCCGAGACAAGGGUCCAGGGUCGACACCCAGGCCAAAAUGUUGGCUCUGCGUCCCCCUGGACCACCUCGGUGGGAAGGGACAAACUCACAGAGGCCACCUCCUAGGACGGAGCCCAUCCCCCUAACUCCCUCCCCGCCCGGAGUUCCCAGCCCCUCGCCCUCUCCACACAAGUUGGAACUGCAGACCCUUAAAUUGGAGGAGCUGACGGUCUCAGAGCUCCGGCAGCAGCUGCGCCUGCGGGGCCUCCCGGUGUCGGGGACUAAGUCGAUGCUCCUGGAGCGCAUGCGCGGCGGCGCCUUGCCCCGCGAGAGGCCGAAGCCGCGGCGCGAGGACAGUCCAACCGGCGCUCACUGGCCGCGCCUCCGGUCCAAAACUCUGGUAGCCGUCCGGCGGCCGGGCUCGCUCAAGUCAGGGAGGCCGUCUCACCCUCGGCCUCCUCCGCUUGCCGCGGAAACCCCGGCGACCGCUCCGGCAACCGCUCCGGCUCCGGCGCUGACCCCUCCCUCAGCACCAUCCACAACGGCCCUGAGUCUGGAGGAGGAGCUGCAGGAAGCCAUCCGCAGGGCGCAGUUGCUUCCGAACCGGGGCAUUGAUGACAUCCUGGAGGAUCAGAUGGAGCCCGAUGAAUCUGUGAAUCGGAAAUGGAGAUAUGGCUUAUGUCUGCAACACGUCGGUAGGAACCUCAGCUAGAUGCCAGGCUGACUGGAACACGGGGGGAUCAUCUGCACAACACGUGGAAUCCUAUCUGAUGCCUACGCCGAAAGGACUUGAAGCUGACCUCGGCUAAGACUGCUCACUGUAGCACCUGCUCGUGUCCUCUGAGUGAGGUUGGUCUUCCUCACAGCAUGGUGGCUUGAGCAUGGAGAUGGGCUGAUGAGGGAGUGUUCGAGGCAGAAGUCCAAGCUGUACUACGGGACCGGCCACCAACCCCAUGCAGGUAAAGAUGCUCCGCUUGAGCUCCUCAAAUAAGCUGCACGAGAGACCUCAGCCCACGCUGCAGGGAGCAGAGAGCCACCCAGCUGCCCCACAGGAUUGUGGGAAACAAUCGGUUGCCGUCAUUGUCAGCUGCUAGGUUUUGUUAACCCAGCCUUUGCUAGCAGGGAUCCUAGCUAGGUCCACCACCACAAACGUUACCGGAAGAACAAAUGGACCCUCUUCAAUUUCACUGAGCCAUGCUGUGCUCUGAGUUCUCAAAAGUAAUCGUUCUAGGCCCUCAGAAGCCAGGGUUGCAGAAGCGGAGUCUUCCGACACACACACACACGCUACUGGCCAACAGGGCGACGCUCUUGUGAAAACUGGGGAAGAGGUGUCCCCUUUUGGGCAAACUAGCAAAAAACGUGAGCCCUCGGGGUGAACACAUGGCUUGGAGGGGAGGGUGUCAACUCUAUUUGAGCCCCACUUGCCUCCUUGGCCAGAUGCCUUUGUGUAGUGAGCAGCCUG